AUGCUGCCUACUUCGCGCGAGCUCGGCACAGAGCAAGACAAAGUAAAUUGCUCUUUCUACUUUAAAAUUGGCGCUUGUCGUCACGGAGAUCGAUGCUCACGUCGUCAUGUACCACCCACUCGCUCAAAAACGAUUCUUCUCUCCAACUUAUACCAGAACCCCAAGCAUUUGGAUCCCCAUUGCCACCUAUCCAAUGAGGAACUACAACAACAGUUCGAUCAAUUUUUCACCGACCUAUUCAAAGGAUUGAGCUCUUACGGUGAAUUGGUCGAAGUACACGUCUGCGAUAAUGUUGGUGACCAUCUAAUUGGCAAUGUAUAUGCGCGAUAUGAAUCGGAAGACGAUGCCCAACGUGCAGUCGAUGGUUUGAAUACACGCUGGUUUCACCAACGCCCUAUUUUCGCUGAGCUCUCGCCUGUAAGCGAUUUCCGUGAAGCAUGCUGCCGACAAAAUGAAACGAAUGAAUGCAAUCGUGGAGGUCAGUGCAACUUUAUGCAUUUGCGGUACGCCUCUCCCGCUCUCAUCCGUGAGCUGUACCAUGAGCUUGCCGUUGAGAAUCGGGAGAAACGUUGCGAAAAGAUGGCCAAGCAAGACUUUAUGCAAUUAGGCUGGAAAGAACGCAUGGCCCAAGUCGAAGCAGAAGCCGCUGCUACGUACUCUGAUAUGCCAAAAACAUAUGAACGUGAUUGGCGUCAUGGCCCCAGUGGUGGCAACUGGCGAGAGGGGCCAGAGCAUACCCACGACGCCACCGCCUGA